AUGCCACUCAAAAAAGCUGUUCACGAAGAGUCUAAGACUACUAAAUCUUCAGAAAAUGAAAGUCCAGGCAACCCUUCUAAUACUCAAAAGCUUAAAAAACCUCCUUCUGCCUAUAUUCUUUUUACAAAGGAUAAACGAGCUGAAGUAAAAACAGCGAACCCACAGAUAAAGAAUAAAGAUAUAUUGUCAGAGCUUGGGAAGAUGUGGAAUGCUGCAACUGAAGAAGUUAAAGCUCAAUACAGUAGACUUGCAGAAGCUGAAAAGGAAAAAUACCAAAAACUUCUGGCUGAGCUAGGUGAAGAUACCAAGCCGGGGAAAAGAAAAGAUGCGUCUGAUAGUGAUAAUGACAAUAAAAAGAGAAAAGCAACAAACCAGAAGGCAAAAUGUAAAAGUAACUAA